UGCCGAGGCGGGCGGCGGGCGCCGCUUCCGGGCGGGCGGCGGGCGCCGUUGGAGAGCUGCCGUCGCAGGGAGCACUACACCGAAGAAUGUCUGGAAGUUUCUACUUUGUGAUAGUUGGUCAUCAUGAUAAUCCCAUAUUUGAAAUGGAAUUUCUGCCUCCUGGAAAAGUAGAGUCCAAGGAUGAUCAUCGCCAUCUCAACCAGUUCAUCGCCCAUGCUGCUCUUGACCUUGUAGAUGAGAACAUGUGGCUUUCUAACAACAUGUAUCUGAAGACUGUGGACAAGUUUAAUGAAUGGUUUGUUUCUGCUUUUGUCACAGCUGGACAUAUGAGAUUUAUAAUGCUUCACGAUGUAAGGCAAGAAGAUGGAAUUAAGAACUUCUUUAAUGAUGUAUAUGACUUGUACAUAAAGUUUGCAAUGAAUCCGUUUUAUGAACUCAAUUCUCCUAUUCGAUCCAGUGCCUUUGAAAGGAAAGUACAAUUCCUUGGGAAGAAACACCUUUUAAGCUGAAUAAAUAAACUUCCCAAGUGAGUGCUUUUUCCGUACCUUCCUGAUUAUUUGAACAGUAGUUCUGGUUAGUUCUCAGCAUGUUUGAUACUCAUCUUCUGAAGAUUAACAAAUUGGAUGCUGAAGAAGCUUUUUUUUUUUUUUUUUUUUGCCGAUACAGAUAAGAACAGCCAAGCUUCUCUGGUUAAAACAUGUAUCUUAAUAAGUUUCCUUUUAUGUGCUAUGAAAAGUAAGUUUAAAAAUGUCAGGGGCUGAACAGGUACAAACUGAGACGUGGGUGUCAAUGCACAUGCAAAAUGUAAGGCUCUUUACAGGGUAGGAGGAAAUCUGAUCUAAAUGCAAAAUACACUUCAGUCAUGUGAUUUAAUAUGAGCAGAAGGGAAUUCUUGUCUGUUUGGCCUAAGUGGUUAAUUUUGUUACAAACUUUCCUACUUACAGUCUUUCCCUAGAGAACUUACUCUGCAGACUAAACAGACUAACCUUACUCUUUGUGGUAUUAAAUCAGGUCUAUCUAUAUUGUAAUGUAUGUAUUAUAAAGUGCUCAAUAAAAAGAAGAGAGGAAAGCAAAGCUCUGUCUUCAGUAUUUCAAGAAGUUUUUAUAAAAAUCCUUGAAGUUUUAAAGCUUAAAAUUUCAAAUUUACCAGAAGCUUAGUGCAAUACAUGUUUAGCUGCAGUGUUGCAUCAAUGAAAUGAAUGAAUAAAGUAGACCAGAACAGCUCUGUCUGCCCUGACUUUAAUUCUGAUUCACGCACGGAAAAAAACCAAACUAAAUUUACAUGUCUAAACCCACUUCUUUCCAUUAUCUCUGCAAGUGCUGACAUUUUCUUUUUGAAAAUGUAUUUAGAGUAGGAUAUUUGAACCAUGGAACUCUUAUUUGUUGAAGUUUCAGAAAGGCAUUAUUUGGCCUGUCUGGCUACUAUUCCAUCAUAAAAUGUGGUUAGGGACCCUUUUGUAAAACUUAGCAUCAUUCCAAAACAGUAAUUUUUAAAUAGGUCAUUUGGCAUAUUGUCCUGGUUUCGGCUGGUAUAGAGUUAAUCUUCUUUCUAGUAGCCGGUAUAGUGUUAUGUUUUAGAUUCAGUAUGAGAAGAAUGUUGGUAACACACUGAUGUUUUCAGUUGUUGGUAAGUCGUGUUUAUACUAAGUCAAGGAUCUUUCAGCUUCUCAUGCCCAGCCAGCAAGAAGGCUGGAGGGGCACAAGGAGUUGGGAGGGGACACAGCCAGGACAGCUGACCCAAACUGGCCAAAGGGGUAUUCCAUACCAUGGGAUGUCAUGUCCAGUAUAUAAACUGGGGGGAGUUGGCCUGGGGGGAUCGCUGCUCAGGAACUUCCUGGGCAUUGGUCAGUGAAUGGCAAGCAAUUGCAUUGCACAUCACUUGGUUUGUAUAUUCCAAUAUUGUUAUUAUUGUCAUUCUACUAUCAUCAUUAUUAUUUUCUUCUUUUCUGUCCUAUUAAACUGUCUUUAUCUCAACCCACGAGUUUUACUUUUUCCUCAAUUCUCUCCCCCAUCCUACUGCAGGGGCCAGGGGGGGAGCGGGGGAGUGAGUGAGCAGCUGUGUGGUGCCGAGUUGCCAGCUGGGGUUAAACCACAACACAUAUAUGUACUUAAUAUUUUCAUUGGUUUCACAGUUUUUUUAAGUAGUCUGUUUCCCUUCGCAGCAAAUCUGUAUAAGCUAUCUUCUUGGACUUUUUAAAUGUCUGAAAAGUAAUUUCCAAAGGAAGUGGCAGGCUGUUGUCGGAAGUGAGUUUUGCAUAGUCUGUACAAUUAAAGGGACCACAGGUGUAUGUGCUUUAAAUGUAUAGUCAGUCAUUAUUUCUUUGUAAUUUACACUUACUGCUAAACUGUCACUGUAAAAUAUUCCAUGAGAAAAAGAACAUGAUAUAAAGGUUGCAAUAUUUACCUUAAAUAAAACACGGAAUGAUGCAGUA